AUGUAUUCUACCCCAGAAUUCACUCACAUCAACCGCAAUACGGCCUUGUGUCUUGCUUGCUCUGCUUCGUUGCCUCCCAGGAACAAUGACAUUUACAUAACGAGCUGCUGCCGAAAACCCAUCUGCCCCACCUGCAUCGAGAAUAAUUCGCGACUUACGCGUUACAAUCCGUGCUUAGCUUGCCUGGAGGGCGUCGAUGUCUCUAGAUCAAAGUCCCGUAGUUUGCCCUUUGAGGUGCGAAAUCUGGACGGAGCAAUGCGAGACGAAGACACUUUCGUAUUAGGGGAUGACGAUGAUGCAUCAUUUGAAGAGGAAACGGAGGAGACUGUCGUAUCUUCGACAUCUCUGUCCUGCUCGAGCAAGGACAUCGAGUUGCUGAAGUCUGUGAAUGUCCAGGAGAAGGAAGAGAUCACACAUCCAGCAACACCGUUAAAAUAUUAUCUUGCUCGCAACGACACUCUCCGAGGGAUUGCGCUUCGCUUGGGAGUUGAGGGCCGGGAGCUAUGUCGUUUAAAUAACCUGCCCCCCAGCACAUUAAGCACGACCCCACAUCUGCUUCACACACGGACGUUCAUUGUGAUUCCUCGGUAG